UGAUUCAGUGCAUCCGUGCGCAUCGGCGCAUGUGCCGGAAAGGGUCCCUGUAACGUGUGGUGGCGCACAGCAUCAUGAACCAUUUCGUAACAAUAGCAAGACCUUUUCAGCGUCACUCAGCUUUAUUGAUAAAGAGGUUCACUUCAACUAGUGGAAAUGAGUCUAACGAUGUCUUGGUGUUAAAACAAAAAAUUGGGGCAGUGGCCACGAUUGGUAUCAAUCGACCAGCAAAACGAAACUGUGUCAAUUAUGCUACGGCAGAUCAGCUUGUCCAAGCAUUUGAAGAGUUUGAUCAGGAUGAAUCAGUCUGUGCAAUUGUAUUGCAUGGAAUAGGAGGAAAUUUCUGUGCAGGAUAUGAUUUACAGGAGCUAAGCACAGCGGACACCAGCAUCCUUCCAGACAAAAGAGGUCCCAUGGGCCCCUCCCGAAUGUUAACUAAGAAGCCUUUAAUAGCAGCUGUUAGUGGAUAUGCAGUUGCCGGAGGAUUUGAACUUGCUUUACUAUGUGACAUGAGAGUAAUGGAGGACACAGCUGUCAUGGGGGUGUUUUGUAGAAGAUUUGGAGUACCCUUAAUUGACGGUGGGACAGUCAGACUCCCAGCAUUAGUAGGAUUCUCCAGGGCCAUGGAUCUUAUUUUGACUGGAAGGCCCAUAAAAGCCAAGGAGGCCCUUGAAUGGGGAUUAGUUAACCGCGUUGUUUCAUGUGGAACCGCUCUCGGUCAGGCGGUGAAUUUAGCCGAUUCAUUGAAAAGGUUUCCGCAAGAAUGCAUGCAAGCUGAUCGUCGAUCGGCGUACUAUGCCACUUACUCGGCCACUUCUUUGGAAGAGGCACUACAAUAUGAAUUCAAUAAUGGGGUACCCAUUUUGGAAAAGGAAUCCAUCCGCGGAGCCCGGAAAUUUGUCGAGGGAGCUGGGCAUCAUGGGAAAUUUCAGUUGCAAGAAAUACCCGAUUCAUGUGACAGGAAAAAUAGUAGCUAACUGUUGAAAAUGACGCAUAAAAUUAUUACUAAUAUCAGUUCAGUUAUGCGAAAGGGAAAAGGGAUAUGACGCUCUUUGUGAAUUCUCCCGUGGCGCCAAUUUAAUACAUUACUCAUGUUGAAGUA